UUGCACGGGUGUGUGAAGCGUUCAGCUGGCAGGUUUGUGAAGGUCAGCGGUGUGUGUGGAGGAGGACUGCAGGUCAGCGGACGUGUUAUCAGCUGCAGGGAGGCUUUUAUCUGCUUACAGUUUGCUUCAGUUAGCAGAGAGACCGAAACAGACUCUUAUUCUACUGACUGACUGAGACGGCGGAGGAAUCAGGACCAGGACGCCGCCGCAGUCUGAUGAUUUCGUCUGAGGCUUUAGUCCUGAAGGUUUUCUUGACAUCUGAACUGUGUGUGUUUGUGUUGCUUCGAUGCUGCGGCUGAAAUAUUCUGAUCUCUCCUCAGACCCCAGUGUGUACGAUGAGAUCAUGCAGCCCGUCCUGCACUCUGGGUACCUCUACAAGUCCGGCUCCGUCCACAGAGGGACGCUGUCCAGGAAAACCCGAGACGACUUCCAGAAGUUCUGGUGUUCGGUGGAUCAGUCUCUGGUCUUCUACGAGUCGGACCGAUCAGCUGAUCCCUGCAUGCAGAUCAGCGUCAAAGACAUCGUGUGUUUGGGCGUCACUCGACCCGACACCUCCAACAACAACAACAACGGCUUCAUCGACAGGUUUCGUUACACCUUCGAGUUGUAUCUGACUUCAGAGAAACUUUAUCAGUUUGGUUUGGAGACGGCCGACGCUCUGCACAGCUGGACCAAAUCCAUCGGGAAGGCGACGACCCCCCUCAGCUGUCACUGCCUGCUGACCCGGGAGUUUGAGCGUGUGGGCCUGCUGCGGUACAGAGCCAUGCUGGACCCGCAGCAGUGGAAGGAGGCCUACUUCGUCCUGCAGAAGUCCAACCUCUUCAUCUGUCCCCGAAACGACGGAGCAGCGGAGGACAUCAUCAACCUGAACCGCCUGCAGGAGCUCAGUCAGUCCUCGUCUACAAACACACUUUUCUGACUGAUCCUUUCCGUCUGAUUUAGAGCAAAAAAUGGUUUAAUGAGAAAUGGACCAAAAAAUGAGCAAGAAAUUAGUAAAAAGUUACAAGA